AUGCCUCGCGCGACGAGAGAAAUUCAGAUUUACAGGAAGGAUGCCAAGCUCAACCACAAUCUGCUGACCCCAGCUGAACGAGAGAAGCUCCUCGAACCAUACCUGCCAACGCCUCCCUCGCGAUCUCCCUCCCGUCGCAGCAAAAAUGGCACCAUCCCCACCAUCCGGAUUGAGAAGCCUAGAACAGGAUCAAGAUUGGGGGUUCGGAAGUUCCUGAAAAGCCAGCUGCAUGCUCUGUGCUAUGCCAUCAUGCACACAAUAUUCUCGGUUUACAUACGGAUUCGAAUGGUAUUUCAUGCUGUGAAGGACAGGAUACUGGCUAUUCUAUACUACCACCAUCGAACGCCAGAGCUAAUCCAGAAGGAUGUCAAAGGAUUGAGCAGGUUACCAAAGCACUUAAGUGUGAUUUUAAGGCUUGAGGAUGGGGGGCGAGGAGGAGCUGCAUUGGAAGCUUUGGUGGACGAGGUGGCUGAAAUUGCAGCUUGGUGUGCUUGUGUUGGAAUUCCAAUGCUGUCCGUACACGAGCAGAGUGGAAUACUCAAGGGCUAUGUCCCAGCAACUCACAGAGCAGUUACAAGGAAGCUCUCGUCAUAUUUCGGCCCUCAACAUCCAGCCGUGUCGCUACGAGCCCCUCACAUACCCUCCAUGGAAUCGGCAUCUAACACACCAACCACCGAAGCCCCACGAUCACCAGUACCUCACUUAUCAAUUCUUCUGCUUUCAGCUGAAGAUGGCCGAGACUCAUUAGUGGAUCUUACUAAAACUCUCGCUGAAAUGUCUCAACGAUCUAAGCUCUCAUCCAACGAUAUCAGCCAAGAGCUGCUUGAUGCCGAACUCACAGAAAGCGUUAUGGGCGAGCCGGAUCUAUUGGUACUUUUCGGACCAACGGUAGAACUCUCAGGAUAUCCUCCCUGGCAGAUACGACUUACAGAGAUCUUUCACGUGCAAGAUAAUCAUGGCGUUGGGUAUCAGGUGUUCUUACGGGCUUUAUCCGAAUCCAUGUCUCUCUUUCGACCUCCUAUGGUUCGAUCAGCCAGCGCAACAUUAAAUCGAGCGCUCUUCUCCAAGACGAUACCCAUUGCCGCGGCGAGGGUCGCGAAUCCUAAGAAUAUUACUAGAUUUCGAACACAGUUGGACAAAAGCGGAGAGCUUGCAAAGCUUGAGAGGAUCACGAAUAUUCAAUUGGAUCCUGAUCCAGCGGUGGCCAAGAAGGGUGGGAAAUGCAUGCUGCUGAAGCCAGAGGUCAAACCUGAAGAUCCAACAACAUGGAGUACAAUUUUGCAAGAAGCUGUAAAGACAGAAGAGCUGAAGGUCAUACCAUAUAAUUUGACGGUUGAUUACAAUUACUGGACAUACCAUGAUAUUAUGACAUCUCUAUUGCCAGAAGAUGCUCUAGAUGAGAUCCCUGUUGGAUUUGCAAUUGUUGGACAUGUUGCACAUUUGAACCUUCGAGACGAAUAUCUACCCUACAAACACGUUAUAGCGGAGGUUCUCAUAGACAAGAACCCGACAAUUCGAACAGUAAUCAAUAAAAUAGACGACGUAGGCACGCAUUCAGAAUUCCGAACUUUCGGAUACGAAGUCCUUGCCGGCCCGGACGACAUGAACGUCGAGCUCAGCGAAGAGAAUUGCAUAUUCAAAUUUGAUUAUUCAAAAGUUUAUUGGAAUAGCAGACUCCAAACGGAACACAAAAGGCUUGUGGAUUCGUUCAAUCCCGGGGAGGUGGUGUGUGAUGUUAUGGCAGGCAUAGGACCAUUUGCCAUCCCAGCUGGGAAGAAGCGUGUAUUUGUCUGGGCCAAUGAUCUGAAUCCAGAUAGUUACGCCGCUAUGGUGGAGGCUAUCAAACGAAAUAAGGUCAACCACUUCGUCCGUCCCUUCAACGAAGAUGGUCAUACAUUCAUCCACCACGCAGCCGACUCUAUUCUGGACCUCACCACCGCCAACCAAAACACCAUCUCCAUCCCCGCAAAACGCACAUUCAACGCUAAACCCACCGACCCCGUCCCAAACCCCACAGUCCUCACGAUCCCGCAAACAAUCAACCACUUCGUCAUGAACCUACCCGCUUCCGCUAUCGACUUCCUCGGGUCCUUCAACGGCCUAUACCACGGCCACGAAGAGCUCUUCGAACCCCACACCAGCACAAAGCUGCCCAUGGUACACGUCCACUGCUUCUCGACCAAGAGCGAGGAUAACGUGAAAGAGGGCCUCGAGAUCUGCGCGCGGAUCUCGGCGAACCUUGGCUACGCCGUCAGACCGGGGGAUGAAGAGGUAGUCAUCCAUGAAGUCAGGGACGUCGCGCCGAAGAAGAGGAUGUUCUGUGCUAGUUUCAGGAUUCCUGCAGAGGUUGCUUUCCGGGAGAGGAUUAGCAAGAUAGAUAGAUAG